CUCAGGAACAAGCUCAGAGGUUGGCACCCUUUAAUGUUUGUGCUUCCUGCUGCAUGAGAAACUUGUAACAAACUGCAGAGAAGCCCUGAGCUAGGGGAAGGAGUUCUGAAGAAUGGCAGCACCUGUAACUUCUGGCAGUUUCAGUGUCUGGAACUAUGCAGUUUUUGUUGCAAUUUUGUUGAUCUCAGCACUGGUGGGAAUCUAUCAUGCGGUGACGGGAAGAGGACGGGAGUCACCUGAAGGUUUCCUUCUGGGAAGCAGGCAAAUGAGCUCCGUGCCAGUGGCUCUCAGCCUCACUGCCAGCUUCAUGUCUGCAGUGACAUUGCUGGGGGCCCCCUACGAUACAUAUCACUUUGGGGCUGUCAAUAUCUACUUUGCCAUUUCUUACAUGUUUGUGGUGAUUCUCAGUGCCGAGGUCUUCCUGCCAAUCUUCUACAGGCUCGGCGUUACCAGCAGCUAUGAGUACCUGGAACUGCGCUUUAACAGAUGGAUCCGUCUAUGUGGAACAAUAUUGUUUAUGAUUCAAACAACAUUAUACACCGGGAUUGUUAUUUAUGCUCCAGCACUGGCAUUAAAUCAAGUGACAAAUUUCAACCUCUGGGGUUCUAUUAUUUCGACUGGAGUAGUCUGCACUUUCUAUUGCACCCUGGGAGGUCUCAAAGCUGUUGUGUGGACAGAUGUGUUUCAGAUCGUCAUCAUGAUAAUUGGGCUUGUGGCAAUCAUUGUGCAAGCAAUAAUACUGAAAGGGGGCAUCAGUAAUGUACUGAAUACUGCUGAUCACGGGGGCAGACUAAACUUCUGGAAUUUCGACCCCAGCCCGUUCCACCGACACACUUUUUGGACGAUUGUAAUAGGAGGGACCUUCACAUGGACAGGGAUCUAUGGAGUGAAUCAGGCCCAGGUUCAGAGAUACAUCUCUUGUAAGACAAGAACUCAAGCCAAAGUUGCACUCUACUUGAACCUGGUUGGACUGUGGAUUAUCCUUGUGUGUACAGUCCUGUCAGGAUUAGCAAUGUACUCUCUCUAUCACGAUUGUGAUCCAUGGACAUCUGGGAAGGUGAAAGCUCCUGAUCAGUUAAUGCCCUACAUGGUGCUGGAUAUCCUGGGAGGCUACCCAGGGCUGCCAGGUCUCUUUGUGGCGUGUGCAUAUAGUGGGACAUUAAGCACAGUGUCAUCCAGCAUUAAUGCACUUGCUGCUGUGACAGUAGAAGAUCUCAUCAAGCCUUAUUUCACAACCCUUUCUGAGAAAAAGCUUGCUUGGAUUUCUGGGGCUACAAGUCUGUUGUUUGGUGCUGUAUGUAUUGGGAUGGCUGGUCUGGCCUCACUGAUGGGAAGUCUUUUACAGGCAGCUCUCAGCAUUUUUGGAAUCGUUGGAGGACCAAUCUUGGGACUGUUCACUUUAGGCAUGCUGUUUCCCUGGGCCAACUGCAUUGGUGGAGUUGUCGGACUCCUCACUGGGUUUGCGUUUGCUUUGUGGAUUGGAAUUGGAGCUCUGAUCCAGCCACCACCCUCUGAGAUAACAGUACCUCUGAACCUCAGCAUUGCUGGAUGUAAUGUCAGCCAGUCAAGAAACAGAACUUCGUGGGCAACCAUCAUCCUUCUCACAACUGUAACUAAAAUGUCCAGCAAAGGCAGAGCUGAAGCAGUGAAAUCCUUGUAUUCAUUAUCCUACUUGUAUUUAAGCACCUUUGCAAUUUUAAUCGUUAUAAUCGUUGGUCUCAUCGUCAGCCUACUAACAGGAGGGAGAAAAUCUCAAGUUGACAUGGACUUACUGCUGAACUGGACUGAUCUCAUGUGCUACUGCCCCAUGUCUUCCAGUGGUGAUGGAAUUGAAGUUAGUGAGUCAGUACCAUGCCGUGACAGAGUUAGUGGAAAUGACAAUCCUACCUUCAGUCGUAUGGAGCUGGACUGCAGCGAGAACAGAAAAACCUAGAGCUGUUUUGUUCAUCAGAUUGUGUGUCUAUGUAUGAUUGCUUUAUCAUGGCUAUCCUUCUCAUUCUAAUUUCACACAGUAGAAACCUAGGAAAUCCAGACUCUGAGAGUUCACUCGCUCAAAUUCAUGACACUUGCAAAUUGUGCUCUCUAAUUAGGCAUGAGCUGUACUGCCUGAAUUCCCAGUCUAUGUACCCACUGCAAAAAUUUUACUUCAUCUUGUUACGUUGGCCCCAAUCUGUCUUGCAAAUAAACAACUCAUUUUCUGAUUCUGUUACCCUAAAACCCUUCCCUUCAAUAAAUACUUCAACUCCUUUCGAAAAGGAAAUGGUUUCCAAACUGACCUAUCACAAUUUCUAUUCACUUUUUUUUUGGGGGGGGGAAAAAAAAAAAAGAGAAAUGGGUUUUCCACUACUUUACAAAUUAAACAGGUUUCCUUUUUUCUUGAAGCCAGCAAGCUACGUAUUCAGUUUUUUUUCUCCUUUGUUUUAGCUUCUUUGGCUUUAAAUAUUGCUGAAAAAAAAAAUUGUGUUUUUGUUUUGUUUUGCACUCCUCAGGAUAAUUUGCAAGAAAUGUCACACUAAGGGGAAAACAAUUUUUGUAUUGGAUGAGAAUGCUGACUGGUUGGCAAGGGAACGGAUUGAUGGAAGCAUAGCCGUGGAGAACGCAGUUAUAUGCGGACAGACAGUUAACUGCCACACUUGUUUAAAUUUAAACAAGGCAGAUCAAUGAUUGGUUCAUUUCUCAGGGCAAUAACAAAACAGAUAAUUAUCAUUGAUGAUAAUGGGAACUGCAGAUGCUGGAGAAUCCAAGAUAAUAAAAUGUGAGGCUGGAUGAACACAACAGGCCAAGCAGCAUCUCAGGAGCACAAAAGCUGACAUUUCGGGCCUAGACCCGAUAAUUAUCAUCCUCUGGUUAAGUUGAAACAUGUGCAAUGUGUGCACCUUCUGUCUGUAGAGAAUCUGUGCAUUGAGAGAAUAGCUUCCAGUAUGCUCAAAAGACAUUAUGUUGCAAACCUUGGUUACCUUAAAUUGGUUUCCUUUAUAGUAAUAAAAAGGAUUGUUUACACUGUUUCUUGAUGACUGCAAGGUUAAAAGCUUCAAGAAAAAUGUCUUUUCCUUCCCCAAUGAUCACAUUCUGUAUUAUCUUAUUUUUGAAAAUAUUAAUUAGUCCAUUACCUGGUGCCUUAUCAAACGCCUUUCAAAAUAAGAAUCUAGAUUUGACAUCUACGGAAUUGUCUUGAACAGAAAGGUUGAGCAGGAAUGAUUUUCUGUUGAAAUGGUUACCGAUUAUUCCUUUUAUGUUGUUGAUCCAGAAAUUUUCUACCCUCUCAUUUAGUAGGUGUCACAAUUUUUCUUACAAUGGCUUUGAAACUGACGGGUCCAUUGAUUCCUGGACAGGUUUUAUACCCCUUUAAAGAGGUAUUACAUUAGUUAUUGUUCACUCCUCUAGCAUUAUACUUCUCUCAUGUAGAGGGUCACAUACAUUUCCUUUUUGAGCUAAAAACUGGAAUGCAAGUCAAAUGCUGCUAUAGAGCUGAAAUGCCAGGAGGGUUUUGCAACUUGGGAAAAUCAAGUGGCACACAUUUUAGUUGUGCUAAACAAUGUCAAUUUUAAAAAUGAGUGCGACACUUUUGAGGCUGAGUGGCACCAGGAGUCUUUGCAUUAAAAGAAUUCGACUUGAAUCAGCCUGGCUAUAGUUUAUCUAAUAUCUCUGGGGCUCAGAGCAUUGAAAAGUGCAGGGCACGGCAACCCCCUAGAACCAGCAAAAUGAAAAUCUCUGAUUCUAAGAGAAAGAUGUAGGUCUGCCUCAUUAAAUUGCUAAAAGUUUAAAAAACCUAUCACUUUAUAGGCAACAGUAUGGCAUCAUUGUUCCAACCAAAAGCACGAGACACACAAUUUAACCUACCUUUGUUAUUUAGACUUUAAGAUCUUCAGAAUUUUGUUCAUCUGUACUUUUUCACCCAUUAUAUUUGUUAAUGUGUGUCUUUUGUUUAUCUUAUUCGUGAAUAAAUCUAUGUAUUUAGGAUUUUAGAAGGGAGAUAGUCUAAGUCACAAUAGAUUAAUAAUCCUUUUCUCAGUCAUCUCUUAAAAUGUCAGUGUGAUUAUAACUGAUAACACUUCAGAGAUCAGUAUUUCUGUUACCAAGUCACCCUUUAUUUACAUGUGGAAAGUCAUUGCCUUUGGUACAGUCUUGUCAGAGUCAACUUCCAGGGUGUCUGUCAGCCCUGUUUUUAAUCUAUCAGCCAGUGCUCCCUUGAUUGGGCCAGAUUAACAGCCCCAAUCAGGGGUCCAAUCUGAGGUCCACCUGGCUGACCUUGUUACAGUCACUGCAUUCCUCCCUCUUCAGGAGGGCAAGCUAGUACUUUUUCCCCCCCCUCAGCUUCUACUGGGGCAUUUUAGUGCUGGUCAGGUUCCACCAGCCCGACCUCUGAUAUGGGUGGGGUGUAACGCACAGCAGCUUGCCUCUUGUGCCCCUAACACCUUGGAAGAAAUUCAUUCUCUUCUUCAGGUCCUAAAAGGCAUCGAGAUAAGAGUAUCCACUGUGGCCAUCUCAGAUUGAGCUCUUUUCAACACUUGACAGAGGGUGAAUGCAUUCUGCCAGCCCUUCGGACUGUUCCAACGAGUUGAGCAUGUUUUGUUCCUGUCCUGAUUGUGGGUUUGCAGCUUUCAUGUGUUUCAUAUGCUUGUUCAGAUCGUCAUACCUACUGAACAUUAUACCCGGCACAUCCCCUCCUCCCACCUCAAGCCACACCUCCAUUUCCUACCUUCUAACCUCAUCCCGCCCCCUUGACCGGUCCCCUCCCUAUUUUCCCAUCUAUGCUCACCUCUACAGGCUCCAUCCCCACCCCUUUAACUUGUCUGUCUCCUCUCCACCUAUCUUCUCCUCUAUCCAUCUCCGAUCCACCUUCCCCUCUCUCCCUAUUUAAUUCAGGGCACUCUCCCCAUCCCCCUUUUCUGAUGAAGGGUCUAGGCCUAAAACAUCAGCUUUGCUGCUCCUGAGAUGCUGCUUGGCCUGUGUGUUCAUCCAGCUCCGCACUUUGUUACACCACUGUUGUGGCCGGUUAGCUCACCAAGCUGGUUUGUUGUUCCGCAUUUGUUUCAUUACCCUGCAGGGUAAAUAUCAUUAGUGCACUCUCCAAAGAGAAAUUGUGUUUUCCUGCCUGUUAUAUAAACUCUGGAGUCCAUCGAGCUGGAUUACCUCACUUCUGGAGUGGAGUGUAUAUGGGGUCAAGCUCUAUGCGUUUGUUGAUGGCUUUCUUCAUGGAGUACCAGGCUUCUGGGAAUUCCUGUGUUUGUCUCAGGUUUUCUUGUCCCAGGAUCUUGGUGUUGUCCCUCGGUGGGACAGGUAAUCCAGCUCAAUGGACUAGAGUUUAAACCACAGGUGGGAAAACACAACAGCGCUUCAUUGGAGGCUGCACUGAUGUUACCCAGCAGGGUAAUGAAACGUCUGUGGAACAAUGAACCAGUUUGGCGAGCCAACCAACCACAACCUGAGCUACAAGUCUACUCUAAAACAUUAUACACCACUGGAUCUGAAUUCGCAUUGACCAUGCCUGUUACCUAUUCAGAGCCAUUCCAGUGAUUCCUAUGAAAAGGAAGAUGGCUUGCUACCAACUUCAUUUAUUGUUAACGAUUUAUUUUUUGGGAAAAACAACAAAAGUUUCUCAGCCAUCUUCAAACUCCAUGUGCAUAUUUAUUUCAGAUCUCUGCAUCACAAUGUACAAGCAAUUGAUGUGAUUCUGUUCACAAACUGAUAAGUCAUCAAAAUUCUUGUCAUUCUGCUUUUUGGUUAUUUACAAAUAGUUUGCAUCAUACAUCCAUGUCAGGAAGCAGCAAGCUUCAAGGAGGAAUACAAGUCUGUAAACAGGACCAGUUUCUUCAGCUGCUACUCAGUGAAGAUAUGGAUCAAACUAGAUCUUAGAGAUAGCAAGUAGGUUACAGAAGUUAUGCAAAAUAGUUUUCAGAAUUUCUUAUUUACAGAUUUAAUGUGAAUGCAUGUAAAACUCUGGAGUUUGGUUGAUGAAAGAGAUGCAGAACUGAGAAACUCAAACCAGUGUAAAAUAAUUACCUUAAGUUUAAAAACUCUGUGUACAGGAUUGUAUCUUAUAUGAAUAACAUGUUCAACAUGCUGGCAGCAUUAUAAAUAUUUAAAGGAUAUUUUAUGUUGCAAAAAAGUCUUCACAGUACACUCUAUCAUGGCUGGAUACUGAUUAUUUUUGUUUCUCUCCUGACAUGCAUCGAAGCUGCAUUUUAUCCAGUCUGUAGAAUGAUACCUUCAGAAGACACAGGAAGUGACUGCAAGACAGACAAAAAAAAGAGAAAAGAGAAGAGAAGGCAGGCUCAACCUAAAAAGGGAGGGAACAUUUUUAGAAGGUUUUAAAAAUGGGCAGUCUUUUUGCUUGCAAAAAAAUAAAAAAACAAAUG